UAUCUGUUUUAAAAUAAUACAUGUUUCUUUAAAAGCGAUAUCGUAGCUGUUAGCUUUAUUUAUUAUUGCAAAACGUUGCCAAGAAUAAGACAAUAUAGUCAACGCUCUGUUCUGGCAGAGCUCUCUUAACCUCCCUCCCCUCGCUUAGUGUAGAAAUACUCCGAUUGCACGUUUUGAUCAUCGACGUUUCACACUGACAAGUCAAUUUAGAGCAGCUGGAGGGCGGUGUUGGUAAAGUGAAAGCAGAUCGUCUCGUGACGUCACGUCACUUCGGAGCAUGCCCACAAAACGUUGAACAUAAACAAUAGCGACCAAGUAAGGAAGGACGGCUGUUGGAGUGUUACAAGUUGGCGAAAGCAAGUGUUAUAAUUUGUCUAAAUAAGAACAAAGCCAUCUGGUGUAGCAGUGAAGAGAUCAUAAUCAGCUAUGGAGAACCUCUUCUCGAUGCGAGUGAGCGUUUUUUCCGAUCAAGGAGGCAGAAAGUACAUGGAGGAUUUGACCGAGGUGGUGGUUGAGCCGGAGCCCGAGUUAAGCGAGGACGAAACGAGUUUUUACGGAAUCGGUGAAGUAAAAGAGGUCACUAGGCCAGGGGAAGCAAUCAGACAGACUUGCAAUUUAGCUUCGGAUGCUAGCGUGCUAAACGACCACCGAGACUCCUUGUCUAGCACAAUCGGUACAACGAGACAACGGUCCGUAGCAUUUUUUGCAGUGUUUGAUGGGCACGGGGGCCUGGAGGCAGCUCAGUUUGCUCGCGAUCACCUGUGGAUGUUUAUAAAGAAACAACGUGGCUUUUGGUCGUCGGACACAGAAGAGGUGUGCGCCGCCAUCCGCAAAGGCUUCAUUGCAUGUCACCAUGCCAUGUGGAAGAAGCUUCCGGACUGGCCAAAAACCAUCACAGGGCUUCCCAGUACAUCCGGUACAACUGCCAGUGUGGUGCUUAUCAGGGGAGACCAGAUGUUUGUGGCACAUGUUGGAGACUCUGCUGUCGUUUUGGGAGUGCAGGAUGAUCCAAAGGAAAAUUUCAUUCGUGCCAUUGAAGUGACACAAGAUCAUAAGCCAGAGCUUCCUCGUGAGAGGCAAAGAAUUGAGGAGCUGGGUGGCAGUGUAAUCAAGAAGUCUGGAGUCAAUCGUGUGGUUUGGAAGCGUCCACGCCUAACCCACAAUGGUCCUGUGAGAAGAAGUACAGUCAUUGAUCAGAUCCCUUUUCUUGCUGUCGCAAGGGCCCUAGGGGACCUUUGGAGCUAUGAUUUCUACAGUGGAGAAUUUGUAGUUUCACCUGAGCCAGACACAAGUGUGCAUGUAAUUGACCCGCAAAAACAUCGCUACAUAAUUUUGGGCAGUGAUGGUCUCUGGAAUAUGAUUCCACCCCAAGAAGCAAUCUCUAUGUGCCAGGACCAUGAGAAUGACAUGAUGGGGCAGUUUAGCAUGUCCAGUGCAAGACAGUUGGUCAGUCACUCUUUGCUAAGGUGGAGGCAGCGCAUGCUGCGUGCAGACAACACCAGUGCCAUCGUUAUUGCCAUUUCACCUCCACUUGAAAAAAAUGCAUCAAUCCGUAAAGAAGAGAUGCUGCUGAAUUUGAAUGACAGCUCCUGCCAGAACCUGGGGUCCCGAGCUUCCACCCCACUUAUCAAGAAUACUGAAUCGGAGUCUACAGAUAUAUCCUCAUUAUGUGAUGAUCUGCCUCCACUGGAGAGACGAAAUGCAAUUUGCGGAUUAAGUAUGGAAUCCAAAAUGGAAUUUCUUUCAAAUUGCAAGCUAGACGUAAUAACCAGUGGCUGUAGUCCAUUUUCUGGAAAGUGCAGCCCCUUUAUUUUUAAUCCGAAAACAGGAGCUGUGCCUGAAUCUCCAGAAAGAUGUCUGUCAGUAAGAACCAAAGAAGAAAAUAGCAGCUUCUGUUCCCAACUGACACCAACUACCUCUGUCACCCACGUGGACUCUUAUGCUGUCCGGUUACAUAGCAGUAGCAGCAACUCGGGCUCAGUGAAGUCCUCUUCAGUGCAUCUGCAGCCAAGUUUUAAAAGGACAUUAGAAGAGUCAAAUUCUGUUCCAGCCAGCAAAAGAUUCCGCCGUAGUAUUCCGCGCCCAGCAGAAGGAUCAUCGUUGAGUCUUCCAAGCAGUCUGAAACGCAAGAAUUCUGAUAGGCUGUCUAUGCGUCGUAGCUUAAGAGGACAGAGGCGGCCUCGGAUGCCUGCUUUGUUGCAACAGCACCGAAAAACCAUCUGCGUAUGUUAAGAUGGGAAUUUGAAGAGCUAAUGCAGCAAACAUGGACAUAAACUUAAAAGAGCGUGUGCAGAAAGAGGACAUUAAACAGAAUUAUGCCUUUUUUUGCUGAAUUUUUUCCCACGUUUUUUAAUUUUUUUUUGUAGUUUAGAUGAAUGUUUAUAAAUCUUAUUGUGAUACCUCCAGCACUAAAGCUGGAUGUUUUAUAUCAUGUGAUCUUUUAGAAAAGUACUCCUUUAAUAUUUUUAAUAGUACAAUAUACUGUAUCCUUUUUUUUUUUUCUUACUCUGAAGGCUAACAGCUAACAUCAGCUCAUGUUAAUUUUGGUGUAAAUAGUUCACAAUUCAGUAAUUGUAGAAUUUAUGAAAAUACUAGUUUUAACUAUUCCAUGAAUCAGAGUGUAAUAUAUUUUUAUAACGUCAGCUAAAUCAAUAUUUCCAAAACGGGGAUACAGCUAUUUGUUGCAUUUUAAGUUUUAUUAUGUUUUCAGUAUAGUUAUUUAAAAAAGGUAAAUGUAUUGUAAUAUCUUCUGUAAUGUAUGCAACCCAUUUUCAAAUCAACUGAUUCGUUUGGGAUGGAUACACUGAAUUUCCUCCCCAUUACAAAAGGGUACUGCUAAGUUUUGAUUUCUAAUCAUUUCCAUUAACAGAUCUGUUUGAUGUAUUAGCCAGAAUUUACUAUCAAUGUCUGAGAGUUGGAUGCAGUAAUUUCCAGGGAAAUUCUGCUGUAGUGUUUUAUUGUAGGUGAACCAUCAUGUAAGAUGUAAAAUUGUAAUUUUUUCUAUUUGUCAAACACUAAAAAAAGAACACCACCCAAAUGAGAACUUUGAAAAGAUCAAAAGGUUUGAUGAAAUACAUGUCUUUCAUUUUGUUUAA